AUGGCGUCAAAGUUGGUACAAGUACAGUCAAAGGCAUGUGAGGCUUCAAAGUUUGUGGCUAAGCAUGGAACUUCCUACUACAGGCAGUUGCUGGAGAAGAACAAGCAAUAUAUUCAGGAACCUGCCACUGUCGAGAAAUGCCAAGAGCUCUCUAAGCAACUUCUCUACACCCGUCUCGCUAGCAUUCCCGGACGCUAUGAGACAUUCUGGAAGGAAAUAGACUACGCAAAGAACUUAUGGAAGAACAAAGCCGAUCUGAACGUAGAACAUGCCGGAAUCGCAGCAUUGUUUGGUCUGGAAUGCUUCGCUUGGUAUUGCGCAGGUGAAAUCGUCGGCAGAGGAUUCACCUUCACAGGCUAUUACCCUUGA